ACCCUGCUUAGCUUCAGAGCCAAGCUAGCAGUGGGAUGCAGGGUGGUAUGCUGCUGGCAUUGGCAAAGGCAAUGUUUCCAUGUUUGCAUCCCGGCCUAUCCUUAUAUUUUAGGUUAUGAUGGGAUAAGACCAGUGUACUAAGCUCAUGAGGCAUUCUUAAGUUAUGUUCUUCAAAAAUCAGUAUAUAUCAUUAAUUGGAAUGACAAUUGAACAGCAGUUAAUGUUGAAAAUGUGUUGUUGGCUAAAACAUCACAUCCAGGGGAUGUUUUGUUUGUGUCAAAAAGCCAUGAACCAAAACUUGGCACAGAAAUUAUGAGAAGAACACAGCUGCAGAGUUGAUAUGACCACUGGGUUACGUGGCAAUACCCCUUAUCUAGAAUGGCUGUAGUGAUGCACUUGGAGCAGAGUGGCUGCGUUGCUGAAUUCUCUGGACACCUCUUCCCGACAGCUAAACAACCAACGCUCAAUGAUGAAUGGAGAAGGGAAGGUGUCCAGGGGAGUGGGACUGGGGCGGAACAAGGCGAUUACCUUCGGUCGCGCAGCAUCAGACCUUUUGGAGCACAGCUUAUACACACCCUUAAUGAGGGAAGUGAGAAAUAACAUUCUUAAAGUUUUUGAUUUCCUUAUUUUCGUUUCUUCUUUUAGAAUUUAGUUUUUGUUAGGUUCUGGAGCGAAAUCUACAGAUUAAACAGCUUCAGUAAAGGUUGAGGUUUAUUUAUGUAGGCCUAAUAUUUACUCAGAGAUAGUGAAUGUGCCACGUCUGUACAUGAUCCGCCUAUGACAUGAUGCCUACCUGUAAAUCAGAUAAAAGGACAGGACCCACUUCAGCCGAGCACACCUACCUGCCUACCAGCCCAACCAGAACCAUGUUCGUGUUCUUCUGUGCCAUCUCUCUCCUCAGCCUUGCUUUGGAUGCUGAACAUGACACUCCUGACCAGGGUGAAGAGCUAUCCCGAAAAUCCUGCCACAUGGGCUGGUACGACUUCAAUGGACGCUGCUAUAAGUAUGUUGCCACACGACUGGACUGGGCAGACGCUGAGUCCUACUGUGUGACUCAGGGAGCAAACUUGGCCUCUGUGCACAGUGAGGCAGAACACCAGUUCAUCAAAACCCUAAUCAAGACUUUCGACCCUUUAGAGUUCUACACCUGGAUCGGGUUGUCUGACAUCGUUAGGGAGGGGAGGUGGAUGUGGACUGACGGGUCCAAGGUGGACUUUACUGACUGGUUUAAAUCAGACCCUGAUGGUGGAGAGGCUCAAAACUGUGUGAAUACAAACUAUCAAAAGCUGUGGAUUGAUAAUGACUGCAGCACGGGUUACGCCUUUGUCUGCGCAGAGCGUCUCUGCUAGUCAGUUGUCCGUCAAGAUGGAAGGGCUGUCCCUGGCUGUCCUGGGACUUCCAUCUUGAGAAGAAACCCUUUUUUCCUAAUAUUAAAUAAACACCUUAUAUUGAAAAUAAUUGUUGCUUAAAUUAUUGCUUCUGGAUUAUACAUAGAACUACAAAAGGUUUGUGUGCUCGCAUCAGCUGUCUUUUUGUUUUGUCAAGAAGCUCUGUGGCACAAAACUUGGCACAGAAAUUAUGAUAAAAACACAGGGUUACGUGGCAAUACCCACUUUUGUGGAAUGGCUGUAGUGCUGCUGCCUUUGUAGCACAGUUUAUUCACACAGACACAGCGAGUGAAGUAAGUGAUUUUUAUGUUAAAGAUCAUACUCACACACACACACUCAUACACGCAUGCAUGCACACACACACUUUUACAACCUUUUGACCACCCAGAUCAAAGCACUCUUUUUUCCCCCUUAUCUUUUUCCCUCAUCUUGUUUAUUAUGUGGAAUGCAUUUUGGUAAAGUAUGAAAGCCAUUGCAUGGAAAAUUACAUUUAGAAUACAUUAUUACAAUGUUUUCAAUGUU